GACAGUGAGUAUAGCCAGAGAAAGGGUGGCUCUGGGAAGCAGGCGAGCUCCCUACUGAGACCUGAGCUGCUGCUGGCCAUGCCCUGGACUCUGCAGCCGAAGUGGCUGGCAGGCAAGGGACUGCCCCUUCUUGGAGCAAUACUACUACGGAAGAGAGAAAAGGGCGAACCACAAUGGAAGCAUAGGCGGGAAACCCACCCAUACUACGACCUUCAAGUGAAGGUGCUGAGGGCCAGAAACAUCCAGCACACGGAUAAGUUGUCCAAAGCCGACUGCUAUAUUCGACUAUGGCUGCCCACGGCUUCUUUUAGCCCCAAUCAGACAAGGACAGUGGUUAACUGCAGUGACCCAGAGUGGAAUGAGACCUUUCACUAUCGGAUCCAUGGUGCUGUGAAGAAUGUCCUGGAGCUUACCCUUUAUGAUGAGGAUGUCGUGGACAGUGACAAUGUCUUCUCCAUUCUGUUUGACCUGAGCACUCUCCAGUUAGGCCAGCCUUACACAAAAAUCUUCACUAGGCAGCAGGAUCCAAAAGAGCUGGAAGUAGAAUUUACCCUGGAAAAGAGCCAUGGUAAAGGGUGUGAUAGCCCAGGAACCUUCCUCCAUCUUUUCAGUCAGAUGCCUGCAUCUGAAGUCAUCACCAAUGGUAUCCUGGUGGCUCAUCCCUGUCUGAGAAUUCAGGGCACAGUCACUGGAGACAAGACAGCCUCUCUUGGAGAGUUCGGCUUGAGGCAGAUCCAGCUGGCAGUGCCUGGGGCCUAUGAAAAGCCACAGCCUCUGCAACAGACCACGGAGCAAGGCCUCCCAGCAACCUUUACCUUCCACGUGAACCCAGUGCUGAGUCCCAAGCUGUACAUAAAGCUACAAGAAAAGCUCCUAGUUUUACAUAGUGGACCAAGUGAUGAGCUGGAGGCUCAGACCAGCAACACGGACAAGGCAAGCAUCUCGCUCUCCUCUCUCCCCCUCAACCAGGAGGUAACAAGACUUGUGGACCUGGAGGAGGACCAGCAGGCGACUCUGAGGAUGAAGGCAGAUAUGAGCAGCUCUGGGGACUUAGACCUGCGCCUUGGUUUUGAGCUCUGUGAUGGGGAGCAGGAAUUUCUGGGCAAGAGGAAGCAAGUGGCAUCCAAGGCCCUGCAGCGUGUGAUGGGACUGAGUGAGGCUCCACAGUGUGACCAGGUACCUGUGGUAGCCGUGUUAGGCUCCGGGGGUGGAACCAGAGCCAUGACUUCCCUGUACGGCAGCCUGGCUGGGCUGCAGGAACUUGGUCUUCUGGAUGCUGUGACCUACCUGAGUGGGGUUUCUGGGUCUUCCUGGUGCAUCUCUACACUCUACAAGGAUCCAUCCUGGUCCCAGAAGACUUUGCAGGGCCCCAUUAAACACGCCUCGGAGCGAGUCUGCAGCAGUAAAAUUGGGAUGCUGUCCCCAAAGCAGUUUGAAUACUACUCCCGGGAAAAGAGGGCCUGGGAGAGCAGAGGCCACAGUAUGUCCUUCACUGACUUUUGGGGCCUCAUCAUUGAGUAUUUCCUGAACCAGGAGGAAAACCCUGCCAAGCUGUCAGACCAGCAAGAAAUGGUCAACCAGGGUCAGAACCCAUACCCCAUCUAUGCCAGCAUCAAUGUCCACAAAAACAUCAUUGGGGAAGAUUUUGCAGAAUGGUGCGAGUUCACCCCCUAUGAGGUCGGUUUCCCCAAGUACGGGGCUUACGUUCCCACAGAACUCUUUGGCUCUGAGUUCUUCAUGGGCCGGCUGCUGCAUUUCUGGCCAGAGCCCCGCAUCUGCUACCUGCAGGGUAUGUGGGGAAGUGCUUUUGCAGCCAGCCUGUAUGAGAUCUUCCUGAAGAUGGGUGGCCUAAACCUGAGCUUUCUAGACUGGCACAGGGACAGUGUCAGUGUCACAGAUGACUGGCCAAAGUUACGGAAGCAAGACCCCACACGGCUGCCUACCAGGUUUUUUAACCCAAAGAGUUCCUUCUCUCAGGCUGUGUUGGACAUAUUCACCUCCCGCUUUACUUGUGCCCAGACCUUUAACUUUACCCGAGGUCUCUGCCUGUACAAGGACUAUGCAGCAAGGAAGGACUUUAUGGUCUCUGAAGAUGCAUGGCAUUCACAUAACUAUGGACACCCUGAUGCCUGUCCCAACCAGCUCACGCCCAUGAAGGACUUCCUGUCCCUAGUAGAUGGAGGCUUUGCCAUCAACUCACCAUUUCCACUGAUCCUGCAGCCGCAGCGGGCGGUGAACCUCAUUUUGUCCUUUGACUAUUCCUUGGAAGCCCCUUUUGAGGUCCUGCAGGUGACAGAGAAGUACUGCCGGGACCGAGGGAUCCCCUUCCCAAGGAUUGAGGUGGACCCCAAGGACUCUGAGGACCCCCGUGAGUGCUAUCUGUUUGCUGAGGAGGAGGACCCCUGCUCGCCCAUUGUUCUACAUUUCCCCCUUGUCAACAGGACCUUUCGCACACAUCUGGCCCCAGGUGUGGAACGACAAACAGCUGAGGAGAAGGCCUUUGGGGACUUUAUCAUCAAUGGGCCAGAUACUGCCUAUGGAAUGAUGGACUUCACCUAUGAGCCCAAGGAGUUUGAUCGGCUGGUGACCCUGAAUCGAUACAACGUCUUGAACAACAUGGAGACUAUCAGGCAUGCCCUCCAGCUGGCUCUGGACCGGCGGCUGCAGCAGCGGCAGGCUGGGGGAAGGGAUGAGGGCUGACCAGAUAAGAGUCAGAGGACUGUGGUGGAGAAGUGAUGGAGGACCUUAAGCCAGAGCAUGGUGAGCGAGAGUGAAGACUUUAAGGAGUUCCUAUUCCCCACUUCUCCUUCCCAGAGAAGAUGGGACAGUAUCUCUCUGAGUACUUGGGGAUUCUGUACAGGAGAGAACAGAGUUCAUAUUAUAUUGGGGUGUAGAGAGAGCCAGGCAGCAGCUUCAUCAGAGGGCCCACCACCACCACCACCACCACCACCACAGAAGGACCUCUGGAAACAACCCAGGCACUCAGAACUUCACCACAGAGAGCUGUGGGCUGAGGAACCAGCUGUCCUUAUACUGAUGCAGAACUGUAACCACUUCCAUUUCCACAGAAUGGCCCAGCUCCCACCCGCUCCAAAACCCCUGGACUCAGUGAUGUCAGGAAUAAACAGGAGCUAUGUGGGUUGCCGGCCUGUGUCACUGAGCCCAUGCUCUACUGGUUCUUCUCUCCAUCCUAGUCCCUCCACCCCUCCUCAGAGGUCACCAGGCUUCCCUACCAAGGCUCAUGAAAUUUGUACCAAGAUGACCCAUCCUGAUGGGUAUGCAUGUUUUCUGCUUCAUAUGCACAGCUGCCACACUGUGCAAAUACUGUCCUCCCGUUCUCAGAAGACAAGUGGGUUGUUUAGGUGGGGCAGGGCAAAUGGGAAACUACAUACAUUGUAUAUAUGGGUAUAUGUUCCCAUCUAUGGUAGGCCAGUUAGUACCUGUUUCUUCACAUGGAAUGAGCAAAUAAAGUAGGUGUGGACUUAGCCUGGAUUCCUGCAUCUGAUGACCUACAUAGGUCUCUCUCUUUCCUAUCUCUCCUGAUCCACUUUGGACCUUCCAAAUAUUGAGAGCUUCUCCAGAAUAAGUAGAUUUCCAAACUGUAAAGAGGAGAUCCAUCCUGGUCAGGCUGUGUCCUGCUGGGGGACAGCAUACCAUGACAUGGGUGGCAUCUGGGACCCCGAGAAGCAGGAGACACAUCCUUCCAGAAGACCUACCAUCAGAAACAAGGAACUGCUCACAGCAGACCUGGAUGGAGACAUCUCAGAAGCCUGCGGCAGCUUAUUUAUAAAAAAGUUGUUCCCAUUUCUCCUGACCCUUAGCCCCUGGACAAGGACUGUAUAGCUUUCAUUUGUGCGUGACUGCUUUUCAGUUGGCAUUGGUGUGCAUAAUUAUUCUAUUAAAUCUGACUUUCCUAUUUUUC